UUUUUUUUUUUACAAAGGAGGGACUAUCAUAAUAUAUUGUCAGUAUAUUUCAAGGAUACUUAAAAUAGCGUUGCCAACUUUCAUGGUUUUUAUUUGGCAGUGGGAGCUGUGCCUUUAAGAACAGGGUGCGACGCUUCCAGGCUUUGCCUGAAUAUAACCCGGAGCAAGGAAGGGGCAGGAGAUUUUGCCUGUUUGCAGAGUGCAAGAACCGGCUUGUGUGAGCGCCGCAAAGAUAAAGAUGCCGGAAUCUGACCUAGUUGCAAAGAUGCUUCGAGCUGUUCUCCAGUCCAAUAAAAAUGGAAUACCCUUGCCACGACUGCAGGGGGAGUACAAAUCCUUGACUGGGGACUGGAUCCCUUUCAAACAGCUAGGACAUUCUACGCUGGAAGAAUACUUGAAGACUGUUCCAGGAGUUGUCAGAAUAGAAAUUAAUAAAAUGGGUGAGAUCACUUGCCAUGGUGUUGCUUGCGCUGAGACUGUGCGAAUUGCUCAACUGGUAGCUUGCCAGAGAAGUUCAAAAAGGAAAAUGGGACGACAGGUGAACUGCCAGAUGAGAUUAAAGAACACUGCUCCAUUCACAUUAGUUGGAAAGCCAAAAGCAACUUUGAGACAGCCAGGAUUAAGGGCUAUACCAGAAAGCAGCAGAAGGCCUACACUCCCUUGGCCAAAAAGCAAAGGAAGUUCUUAUGGAAUUGUGAAACCCAGCAUAGAAACUGCUCAAUAUGCUUUGCCUCCGGCACCUGGAAGUGGCCUGUCCAAAGAGACUCUAAUGCAGAGACAUGUCACAAUGGUUAACAGGCCUGAAAAAAGAUUAACUCUUCCACCUCGAUUUCAGAAAGAACUUCAAGUGCAUCUGUCCAGAAGCUCUCCAGUGGAUUCAAAUGAUAAUUUGAAUAAGCCAGUGUCAGAAACACACAGCAUCCCCACUGGCCCUUCUAAUUCUAACAUAAAUGAAGUUCAGAAUCGUGUUAAAGAAGUUUUGAAUAAGUACAGCAAUGGUAUCUGGUUAUCGAAGAUGCCACAGUUUUACAGAGAGAUAUAUGAAGAGGAACUUAAUACAGCCUUACUCCAACAGUUUGAAUACUGGCCUCAUAUUUGCACAGUGGAAAAAGUGUGCACUGGUGGGCAUACAGAUGUACUCCUUUAUCCUGCUAAGAAAAUGCAACAAUUAGUGAAGAGUGGCAUAGGCCAUGAAAGAACAUCUCAGAACCUUACUUCUUCAAAAGCUGAUUCUUUGUUAAAGCCAGUUAUGGAAACCAAAUCAGCUUUUCUGAAUACUGACUUCAAACAGAAAGUUGCAGAAAUUUUGUUUAAGUAUUCCAAUGGUCUUUGGGCUAAUGCACUUCCCAAGGUGUAUGAAGACACAUACAAAGUAAAAUUUCCUGAGGAUGCUCUGAAUAAUCUUGACUUAUUUUCUGAUAUAUGUACUGUCAACCAGAUAAGUGACAGCCCUAAAAAGGCAAUCCUCUAUGCUAAACCGCAAAAGUACAUUGAUGAGAAUCUGAAUGCCACUGAUAAUGUCCAUAUCCAUGAAGAUCAGAAGAUAAUGGUUGAGCAAGAGUGCUCUCAGUUAAUGGAAAAGACCAAAGAGCAGCAUCCAGAAAAUAUAAUGGUCCCUCCUUUAAUCAUUCCAGCGGAAGCAUCUCCAUCUGUAUUGGUAGUAGAAUUGAACAACACUAAUGAAGUUGUUAUUAGGUACGUGGGCAAAGACUAUUCUGCUGCUCAAGAACUAAUAGAAGAUGAGAUGAAAGAAUAUUAUAGUCAGAAUCCCACAGUAUUGCUAAUGCAGUCUGUAAGCAUUGGACAACUUGUCGCUGUACAUGCUGAGGAAGAUGCCUGGUUGCGUGCUCAGAUAAUUUCAAUGGAAGACAAUAGAAUAAAGGUAUGCUAUGUUGAUUAUGGCUUCAGUGAGAUUAUAGAAAACAACAAAGUGUACAAACUAGAUAGACGCUUCUAUUUGCUUCCAUUCCAAGCUGCAAAAUGUAAACUAGCAGGGCUGGAGGUCGUUUGUGAUGAUCCUGUUUUAGUGAAAGUUGUUGAAUCACAAACCUGUGGCAAGAUAUUUGCUGUGGAAAUACUGGAAAAGAGUGAUAUUCCGCUUGUUGUUCUGUAUGACACAUCAGGAGAGGAUGAUAUAAAUAUCAACGUCACCUGUCUGAAGGCCUUGUGUGACAAAUCGCUUGAACUACACCUUCAGGCAGAUGCUUUAUAUACAAAUGUUAGAGUAACCAACGUUUGCUCUGAUGGAACCCUAUAUUGCCAGGUGCCAUCGAAGGGCCUAGCCAAACUCUGUGAGAUCUUGCAAAAAUUGGAAGACUACUUCCAUUACAAGGUGUGUAAUGAGCAGGGACGUGCUGAGCAGGCACCUGAAUAUUUCAUCUCAUUACCUUUCUGUGGCAAAAUCUGCUUGUUCCAUUGUAAAGGAAAAUGGGCACGUGUGGAGAUAACAAGCGUUCACAGUAGUCGUGCACUAGAUGUGCAGUUCAUGGAUACUGGAACAGUUGCAUCCGUAAAAGUAUCAGAGCUUAGAGAUAUUCCAUCACAGUUCCUGAGAGAAAUAAUCGCAGUACCCUCCCAGGCUAUGAAGUGCUGUUUAGCAGAUCUUCCCCGUAACAUUGGCAUGUGGACUCCAGAUGCUGUAUUAUGGCUGAGAGAUACAGUAUUAAAUUGUCCUGAUUGCAGCAUUAAGGUUGCUAAACUGGAUGACUCAAAGGGAAUUGCAUAUAUUUACUUGUUUACUCCCAAGAACUUCCCAGACCCUGAUCGGAGCAUCAAUCGACAGAUCACUAAUGCAGACUUGUGGAAGCAUCAGAAAGAUGUCUUCUUGAGUGUUGCACCCUGUGACACUAGUCUUAUAAAAGGGAAAAGUGAUACUAUCCUUGCUCCAGAAUUAAUUGGCCUAGGCCUCAAGAAAAGCCUCAGGGGGUCAAUCAAGCCUGCUCCAGAACCCGGCAGUGUGGUGCCUCCUCUUGACAUGCCACCUCCUCUACCCUUACCGAAACCUGGUGAGCACAUGGAUGUCUACGUUUCAGUGGCCUGCCAUCCUGGUCACUUUGUCGUCCAGCCUUGGCAAGAGAUCCACAACCUAGAAGUCCUCAUGGAAGAAAUGAUUCUGUACUACAGCAUGGCAGAGGAGAGACCCAUUGCCGUUAAGAAGAACAAUCUGUAUGCUGCUAAAGUGGAAAAUAAGUGGCACAGGGUGUUAAUAAAAGGAAUUCUGACAAAUGGGUUGGUAUCAGUAUAUGAGUUGGACUAUGGUAAACAUGAGCUUGUCAGCAUCAGAAAAGUACAGCCUCUAGUGGACAUGUUCAGAAAACUACCAUUUCAAGCUAUAACAGCUCAGCUUGCAGGAGUGAAAUGUGAGCAGUGGUCAGAAGAGGCAUCAAUAGUGUUUCGAAACCAUGUAGAGAAGAAAUCUCUGGUGGCACUGAUACAAGCAGUUAAUGAAAGCACAAGCUCUUGGGAUCGAAAAAUAGUGAUCUACUUAGUGGACACUGCACUACCCGAUACUGAUAUAUGGAUUCAUGACUUCAUGUCUCAAUAUUUUGUGGCGCUUUCAAAGAUUAAUUAAUCACUGCUUCUGAAACUAUAGCAACUAAUUCAGAUUCUUUAGCAAUAAAAAAUGUAGCAGGCUUUUAAAGAGAUUGAACUGAUCCUACAUAGCCUUGAAUAUAUGAAUGCGAUAGGUUUGAAAAAUCUGAUGCCUGUGUUCUGUGAAAAGAGAUUUAACAGAAGUUUGUUUUCUUUGAAUUGACUUUCAGAAAACUUGCACUUUGUUUACUAGUGUA